AUGGCUCCUUCACCCAGGAAAACACGUACGUCUCCUCGCAAGAAAGCUUGGGCUUCACCUCCGAAGGCUGUUGGGAAAAGUUUUUCCUCAAUUUUUAAUGAUGCCGAUUUCUCUCCUCUGAAUUCCUCUUGGGCUGAAGUUACUGCAAACGAUGAAAGUCUGAAUGCAAGCAUCCAUGAAAGUCUCUCAAAAAGCGAAUCUCGUCGCGGCCGGAAAGCCAGCGUUCCGAAAAAGGCGAAUUCAAAGCCAAAGUUUGUCCGCUCGUUGGAUCUCACUCAAGAAGUAUUUGGUAAUGGCAGGCGAUCGGAGCGAAUCAAGGAGAAGGUAGAGAUUGUUGUUGUUGAGAAGAAAACAUGGACUGAGGAUGCUUCUUUACGAUCAAGAGAAUCGCGUAAACGUCAUUUGAGUGCUGCAUCAACUGCCACAUUGAAUGAGGAUUGCGAGGGAUGCUCACCUAUCAAAAGAGCGCCACCAAAUGGUUCGUCCUCCACAGGUCGUCCAGCCAGAAAGAAUCUAAAAACCAGCACACCCACAAGAAGUCCAUUCCGAAGCAGAUGCCUAUUUCCAUCGGAAUCCAAAAGUACGUCAUCUGGAGACUUCACACCGAAAGACUUCUGGGAAGAUCCCACUCUGGGAUGGUGCAAAGAUCAGGCGACCCUGGAUAGAAGAACUAAGGAGAUUGAACGUGCUAAAGAGAAGCCGAUUUAUGCUCGAUACUUGGAAGAAAUCCCUCGUCAUAUGCGUAUUAAAGGUGUACAUCCCAAAACUCCAAACAAGCAUAUCAACUUCAGUCGUAGAUCUUGGGAUGUUCAGAUUCGUACAUGGAAACGUAGUCUAUACAACUGGGCCGGUGAAGAACCAUCUGAUUCUGUCAACACAUCUUUCUGCAGUUAUAGUUCAGACGAGUUGAAAGCAGGUCGAAUUUCUUACACUGACGAUGACGUAGACCAAGAAAAUCGCUCUCAUCCAGUACUCCGCAGUAUUACGGAAAUUGAAGAAAUACAUGUGCGGCCUGAAACCGACGCAAUGGCCUCCCUGUUAGGCCGUUUCGAUAUGGAUUCGCGCAGAGGAGAUGAAAGUACGUUGAAAGCGCCGACGAAUGGACAGCGCUCAGAUGGACCGGUUGAUUUCUCCACUCUCAGAGCUUAA